AUGGUAUCCGGCGCUGCAAAGAUUGCGACAUGGAUCAUCCGCCUCCUCCAGUUCUUCUUCGCCGUCAUCCUGAUGGGCAUCACGUCCUACAUGGUCGACCAAUACCGUGAUGGCGGCUUCCGAGUCCUGCGCGAAGUGUCUCUGCCUCUGGCCGCCUCGGUCAUCGCACUGAUCCUCACCAUGCUCUCGAUGGCCGCCAUCUUCUUCCUGAACCACACCCUCCAAUUGGUGGCUGCGUUCCUCGACUUCGUCGUCUUCGUCCUCUACCUGGCCUCGGCCAUCCUCCUCCGCCACAACUACCACGGCGACCGCCGCCGCAACCCUCUCUGGUGGUCCCUGAUGGAUGUGCGCCGCGCCCAGCUCGAGGGCGACCACCCCGACUUGAUGUCCGGGCUCGUCAAGCUCCUCGUCGCCGGCGUCAUCAUUCAGCUCUUCUUGUUCUUCGCCACUACUGUGCUCGGAAUCUUGGCCGCCACGAGGUCCGACUCGAACCGCACCCGCCGCUCUAGGGGAACCGUCGUGUAA